GUCUGACAACGUUUUCCCAUCACUUCCGGGCUGAUUACAAGGGCCGGUGAUGCCCGCAGAUUUCUACAAAAAUCUCAUACUUUGAUGAAUGCUUUGGCGCCAUAUGACAAAAGCGUUGAUGUUUGGUAGCGAUAUGACGACAAAGGCCACGGAAAGAAUUUGUUGAAAUUCUUCUAAGGUACGCGGGAAUAGUGGGCGAUUAAGAGAUGCUAUUAUCCAGACUCUACCGUCCUAGUUUCAAGAGGGGAAGAUCAUAUGUUAGAAGGCUUGGACUGUGAACAACGUUACACUGGUGAGCGGACUCCUCAGACCCGUCCGCAAACCAAGUGGAUCCACCCCGGGGAACUGCUCAGUAGGGGGAACUCGAUCGGCCUCCAAAAAGCCCCGCCCGCCGGGCCACGUCCCUCACCUUCCCGGUGCUCAGGCUGAUCACAGGCGCCGACCCUUGACCUCUAACCUCUGCGAUGAAACUGAAGGAGGACAUGAACCCGUUGCUUCUGCAGGUGUUCCGUUCGGUGGUCUGGGUGUAUUCUGUCCUCACCUUCCUGCCAUGGUACCUGCUCUCGGGCGCCGGCGUCAACCUCGAGCGUUCGCGCCGGGUCAAGGCAAGGUCGGUGAGCGGGCGCCCGGCGGGCCCUUACCGGGCGACCGACCAGCUUCGCGGUAUCCAGCAGAAGCUUGUGUCGUCCAUGCACCCGGGCGUGGACACCCUGGACAAGGUCAUGGAGCACGGGGCAGCCCGGUUCCCUCGGAGGGACUGUCUGGGCACCCGGGAGGUGCUGAGCGAGGAGGAUGAACUACAGCCCAACGGCAAGGUCUUUAAGAAGGUGAUCCUGGGGGAGUAUAAGUGGAUGUCGUACGAGGAGACCUAUCAGGCAGCAGUGCAUUUCGGCAGCGGGCUGGCGGCGCUGGGCCAGAAGCCUCAGUGCAACAUCGCCAUCUUCUGUGAGACCAGGGCCGAGUGGAUGAUCGCAGCGCAGGCCGGCUUCAUAUACAACUUCCCACUGGUGACGUUGUACGCCACGUUGGGCGGACCAGCCAUCGCCCACGGUCUGAACGAGACGGAGAUCACCCACAUCGUCACCAGCAAGGACCUGCUGCAAAGCCGCCUCAAGGCCAUCCUGCUGGAAGUGCCUCGGUUGCAGCACAUCAUUGUGGUGGACAGUAAGCCAACUAGCUGGCCCGGCUUCCCCCGCGGCAUCAUGGUCCACAACAUGGACGCCGUCCAGGAGCUGGGCUCCAGGCCCAACAACAUGGCGGUGGCGAGACGACAGCCCCUCCCCUCCGACACGGCCGUCAUCAUGUACACCAGUGGUUCCACGGGCAUCCCCAAGGGCGUCAUGAUCUCCCACAGCAACAUCAUCGCGGGCAUCACCGGCAUGGCAGAGCGUAUACCCAACCUGGAUGAAACGGACACUUACAUUGGGUACCUCCCGUUGGCCCACGUUCUGGAACUGAGUGCAGAGAUGGUGUGUAUAUCACACGGCUGUCGCAUUGGAUACUCCUCCCCACAGACGCUAGCAGACCAGUCUACAAAGAUCAAGAAAGGCAGUAAAGGAGACACCAGUGUUCUAAAACCUACACUCAUGGCUGCUGUUCCGGAGAUCAUGGAUCGUAUCUAUAAGAACGUGAUGACCAAGGUGGAGGAGAUGAGCAGCGUACAGCGGACCCUGUUUGUGUUGGCCUACAACUACAAGAUGGAGCAAAUCUCCAAGGGCUACAGCACCCCACUUUGUGACCGGCUGGUGUUUAAGAAGGUGCGCUCGUUGUUGGGGGGUCACAUACGGGUGCUGCUGUCCGGCGGUGCGCCCCUUUCCGCAGCCACCCAGCGCUUCAUGAACAUCUGCCUGUGCUGCCCUGUGGGACAGGGCUACGGCCUCACCGAGACCAGCGGCGCCGGCACCAUCAGCGAAAUGUGGGACUACAGCACGGGGCGGGUAGGCGCACCGCUGGUCUGCUCUGAGAUCACCCUCAAGGACUGGGAGGAGGGUGGCUACUACAGCACGGACAAACCCAACCCUCGUGGUGAGAUCCUGAUUGGCGGGCCCAACGUAACAAUGGGGUAUUACAAGAAGCAAAGCGAGGACUUCUUGGUGGACGCCAGCGGCCAGCGCUGGUUCUGCACGGGAGACAUCGGGGAGUUCCACACGGACGGCUGCCUCAAGAUCAUCGAUCGUAAAAAAGACCUGGUUAAACUCCAGGCCGGGGAGUACGUGUCUCUGGGGAAGGUGGAGGCUGUGCUGAAGAACUGCUCUUUUGUGGACAACAUCUGCGCCUACGCUAACAGCGACCAGUCCUACGUGAUUGGCUUCGUGGUGCCCAAUCAGAAACAGCUGACGAUCCUGGCAGAGCAGAGGGGGUUACGGGGAAGCUGGGAGGAGAUCUGCAACCACCCUGAAAUGGAGAGAGACGUCCUCCGCAUCCUCACCGAGGCUGCCCUGUCAGCCAAACUGGAGCGAUUCGAGAUCCCAAAGAAGAUCCGUCUGAGCGCAGAGCCCUGGACGCCAGAGACGGGACUGGUGACGGACGCAUUCAAGCUCAAGCGCAAAGAGCUGAAGUCACACUACCAGGACGACAUUGAGCGGAUGUAUGGGGGCAAGUAGCGCACUCCGAGACAUCCCCAGAAACACUCUCAUAACAGCAAGAUGACGGAGAGACUGAAGAGGCACAAAUACAACACACACACGUGCGUUCACACACACACACACACACACACUCCCGGACGACUCCCAUUUCGACCAGCCUCGAUCAAACGGUAAGCCUCUUGAAAUCCUGUCAGUCUAGAAGCCGGUCCGUCCGGACCCAUGUGAAGGAAGGUGGGGCCCAGCCCGGCGGAGUGACAGCCGUUGCCUCUCUUCCACAUUCUUUCCUGGAUUUCAUUUCCCUCUGUGUUGCCAUAGGAUGAAGGACGUCGGCGCAACUGCUGAAACGCAGAAGGCGACAACAAAAGACCGCCACUGCGCUGUCCGUGUACGCGUCUCCUCUUCCUUGUCUCCCUGUCUAUCUCACUCCCAAGCAUGCCUCUAGUCUGGACACCUGAUGGGAGAAUGGAGGGUUGUUUUGACUGUGGCCCCGGUCUUGUUUUGUGAGCAGCAAACAGAAGAUAACUGACAGUAACGACGUGCCUGCCUGAACAUAAGAAGGCCUGUUUUCCUCGCCGGGGCACGUGCUAAUGAAUAUGACCCUGAGACGGGAGCCCUUCGGUUUAAACGUUCCACACCCAGGUUUGAAUCUAUGCAGGGAUCUCUUUUCUUGUAUGCUUUUUUUGUAGUUUUUUUAUUUUGUGUCGUUUCUUUACUUAGUCUUUGUUUUCUGGAGCUGUUUUCUGAACCCAACUCGCAUUCUUUAUUUGCAUUUCUUUCUAAUACUUUUCCAAAAUGAUUUGUUUCUUAUUUACAUCAGUUACAAAACUGACAUUUUCAUACUGUUUUCCUGUUACAGUCUCCUGUGAAUGAAGUCCUUUUAAUUUCCCUACUUUGUUCCAAAGGUAGUGUCUAUCCAAUGGGAGAGUGUGUGUUUACUGACUAAAUUAAGUCCUAUGUCUCUUCUGUAACUAUCUGGUAGUGAUGUCAUUCCCUCCCUGCUCUGUGCAAUUCCAGCUCUGUAAAUAAGCAGCCCGAUUCUGAUCGUUUACCCACUGGUGUCUUUUGACCAUUCACAUCAGAUCUAUGAUCUAAUUGGGCUCCUUGUGUAACUAGAGCCUAGGUCUGGCUGUGGGCUGAUGUGAUCUUCCUGGGUUGACUGGGAAAACCUGUUUGUCCUGAUGUAGCCCGCCUGCGCUUUCUUGUGGUGUACUGAUGAGUUGACCACAGCAACAACUGAUUGAGGCGUGUUGUGCAGCUUGUCUACGGAACUCAGAUUAAUGGACUACAUUUAAAAGAAAAGAAAAAAAAGAAUCUAAUUUGUGCUUCUCCAUUAUGUUUGAGAUUUUGAAAAUGGAGGGUAUAAACUCAUGCUUGCUUUGUACUGAAAGCCAUGUGCUGGGCAUACAGUAAGCGGUCUGUCCCACUGAAACCCUCAUUAGUUGUUCUAUUUCUCACCAGACCAACAGGGAGCAGCAAAGAUAAACCUAUGUUGUCAGAUGAAAACCUCUCACCGCCAGUAAAACAAUUCCCCAUUGACAAACAUAAGUAGAAAACAUAAGCUAUUCUUUGUUCUGGAGUCAUAAAAUGUACCAUAUUUUGCCAGGAGUUGUUGCUACUUUCAGUCAGUGUAAAAAAAAAAUACGAAAACAGGGUUUUCUGAGGCUUUCAUCCGACAGCAGUGAUACACUAAUGUCCAAACAUACCAUUAGUGUUGUAUGUGUGCUUCUCGUGUGUGUGCUGAUGUUGGGGUAUGUUAAUUUUUGUACAAGACUGUGUGUGUGUGUGUGUGUGUGUGUGUGUGUGUGUGUGUGUGUGUUUUCAUUAACGCUGAGCUGGUUCCAAUGUCUUUGUGAAGAGGCCUGGAAGCCUACCCACCUCACCUGUCUUCAUCUGUUACCUUUUAAUGUCUUCUCCUGUAUAAGUGUUGCCUACAGUGUCCUGCUAAACUAACGCUGUAGUAUAAAUCGUUAUACGCCUACACAAGGUCCUGCCAAACCAGGCAUGUAGCGCGAUAGAUCAUAAACAUACGUUGUUCUGCUAAACCAGCUCCGCAACUCCAUAAAUCAUAUCUAUUGUCCCUUCUAAACCAGCUCAAUACCUCCUAAAUCACAAUAGUGUCAUGUUAAACAAGUUUCUGGUUAGCCUAAAGCAUACACAUUUAAAGACCAGCUCUGUUCCACCAUUUAUAUAAACAGUCUUGCUACAUAGCACUGUUUGACUCCAUAAACCAUGUUGUCACUGGGAUCUUGUUCUUUAAACCAUUUAGCCAUGAGGAUUGUAUCAAAACCUGCCCAAUAGAUGUCUCCAGGAGAACCAAUGCUAGUCCAAAUACAUAUUUGUUGGCACCAUUUCUGAUGUCCCUUUUCCAUAUUACUGUAAUGCAUUGUUCUAUUGUUUUGUCAUAGCUCUAGCCACAUUGCUGUUAUGUAUGAAUUCAGAUUGAAUGUGCAAUAUUUCCACAAAAUGCUAAUUUCAAAGUGUGUUAAAGAAAAGUGCAGACCGAGAGCACCUCUGGAUGAAGGUGUGUUGCUCUCCAACUGAAAUGCACAGAGGCAGAAAAAAAUGACAGUAAACAUAGUAGUGCUUUAUCUUCUAUGGAGUGUUAUUAAUCCCAACAGAAUUUGAGACUGAAUUCCGUCAUAGAUAAUUUAUUCACGUUUGUCAGCACUGGUGUGACUCCAUCUUGGAUUUUUUGGAUUGUGAAAGUACUGUGUCAUUAAUAAUACCCAAACAUAUGGGGAAUUCUGUGGUAAAUAUAGAUGAUUUGGCCUUGUAAAUGUUGUGAAUGUAAGACAAAACCACACUGGGUGAAUAGGAAGUGAUUUGGAUGGCUAGGACGUUAUGCCUACAUUAUUUCUUGUGAAUGCGCUCAAAAUAUAUAUUUAUGAAGAACUGUAUUCAGAAAUAAAAAAGAUCAAAAGACUGUCAUGCAUAAAGGCAUGCAAUUCCAUGAGAGCAGCUCAAAAUAGUCCUUAAAAUGAAAUCAAUGAAAGAUCCUUUAAAGAAAGGUUGUUGGGCAUAUCUUUUUGAAGUCUGUAAACAAUUGCUAAAUAUUAGACGGUUUUACAUUUUGGCCUUAAUUAAAAAAAAUUAUAAAGGCCAAAAUGAAUCAAUCACUUACAUAGCCCUCCUGUAGGAUUACAAAUUCAACCAAUCACCAGCAGAGGGAGUUCCCUUUGAAUCGAUUUCGCCAUUUAGUUUGUGGUGCUCGUGAGAGCUGCUGUAACAUAAGCAGAGCCCACUUUGGAACUAUGUACUUGUUGAGUAUAUUGUUUUGAACACUGUCCAAAAAUGAACACAAUCAAAACUUGUACUACUGAGCAUUUGUUUAUGUCUGUUAAAAAUAUAGGCCUAAGUGGCGACUUUUUCAACUUUAAGAUUGGUUACAGAUUUCAUAAGCAUGCCAAACAUGCUUCCCCAAAAAGAACGAUCUAUGGAUUUAACUUUUGGGAAGAUCCAAGAAAUACCUUUGGACCAACCUUCUGUGGAAUUCUUCUGACAUAGUCUGCCAUAUAUUGUAUGUAUUGUCUGCAAAUGAACUACUGUGUAUGAUAUACAUUUUGUAAUGUACAUUAUAUAGCCUAAAAGAAGUUCAAUAUUUCAUCAACGGCCAUACAUUCUGCAAUGUAUUGCCUUACAUUUCCUGUAUUUGAGAUUGCAAGUUUCUUUUUUUAAGGCUCAAUUACAGUAGUAUAGUAGUUAAUGUAAAUGCACUUCCAGAGCUUCUGUAUAAUUUAAUCCACUAGUUUUGAAGGUGGUGUUAAUGAGCAAGCAGUUAUUUAUGUACCAUCCUAUUGUUUACUACACCUUUCCAUUUUUUUAUGUUUUUUUGUUACCAAGCCACCUUGUAAAAAUAUAGUAAAUUGGUUGUGCUGAGGAUCCUUGAGUAGCCCUGAAGUUUUAUAGCCAGUUUACAGUCUGUAUAAUAUGAAAUAAUCUCAGAGAUCAAAGCUUAUGCUUCUCACUCGUGGAAAUUAAGGUAAUCAUAAAGAUUUUUAAAAAUUCAUGCUUUCAGAGUUAGCAUAUUAUAGCAUUUGAAACUCUCAGCUGUUACAAAUAAGGAGCCUUGAUACAAGCUGGUUCCUUUUCCUCUUCCAUUUCCUGAUAUUUCCUUCUGAAUGAUUCCAUUGGUUUUUUUGUAUUCAACUCCCAACAGAUACCUUGUCUUGUCCCCUUCUCUGCGAAUUAAUAACAGACAAAAACUGGUGAAGUUCCACUUCUUACUCAAUUUCUACAUGAAUCAUAGGAAUACAAAGUGCUUUGUACAAGUUUGCCCUGAGAACGAACACACACAAAUACAUUACAUGUCCUAGUAGCGAGUGUUCAUGGAAACAAAUGAUGUACCUAAGGCCAACACACCGUAUGGCGUACAGAUGUUUUUCGACCAUUCCUAUAGCUCUCAUGGUAGAAGUGCAGUAUGCUGGAGAGUGUUGAAUAUGAUCAAAGUUCAGGAAGAUCUACCAGUUAAACAGGCGUAAUACCUCUUUGAAACCUAUUUAAUCUUUGUAAAUGACCAGUUGUUGGGGUAUUCUUUUUCUUGUUUUGUGUGGGUUACUGGCCUUUGUGACAUGGGCUACUUGCAAGUGUCUUGUUAUUUGGCCUUGGGAAAUUGUCGAGACAAUUAAACUUUGUUGGUUGGUCCAAAUUUA